GAGUACACCUGUGUCGUGUCUACUGUCAGUGGCAGCAUCACGUCCAGUGCUUAUGUUACUGUCAGGGGUAAGUCCAGCUGGUGUACAGCUGUGUCACGUCUGCUGUCAGUGGCAGCAUCACGUCCAGUGCUUUUGUUAUUGUCAGGGGUAAGUCCAGCUGGUGCACAGAUGUGUCAUCUCUGCUGUCAGUGGCAGCAUCACAUCCAGUGCUUUUAUUACUGUCAUGGGUUAUUCCAGCUAGUGUGCAGCUCAAAAUGUGGAAAUCCAUGUGUUGUUAAUGACUGCAGAUGUGUAAAGAUAUGUGGUAACCAUGAUGUAAACUUGUACACAUUGUCUUUGUCUUACAUAUUUUGUAGGUAUAGUUGCGUUUAGCUAAAACCGUGUGCGGUUUGGCACGCAAGAAUAUGUUUCUCUAUUUAACAUUAAUCAAUACAACAUGACGACCUUGUGCAUAUCUGUCCAGGGCCCCCCGGGGAACCUGCAGGUGUUCACGCCAGAGAGGGCAAGAACGGGUCCAGCUCAGUCAUAGGUAAUGUUGAGCUGUGGUGGCAAGAGGGAGAGUAUCAUGGCUUCCCUGUCACCAAAUACACCGCUGAGUACAUUUCUAUCUUUGAA